CUUCUCUAAGCGAGAUAUUGUAUUCUUGAAAUUCAGUUUGUCGCAACCGUGAGAUAAGUGCCGUGAGUUUGCAGAGUGGAGUGACAUUUUUUCGAUUCUAUUGAUGCGCUUACGAAAUACUGCGUGUAAAUCGUGCAAUUCCGGUGAGGCCUAUUACCAUUUCCCCAAAUUUAACAUAGCAGGAAACCUGAAAUGAUGGACAUACGACCGAAUCAUAACUGUGUACAUCAACAAUUUGAAUGAAAAAAUCAAUAAAACCGAGCUGAAGCGGAGUUUGUACUACCUCUGCUCGCAAUAUGGAGCUGUAUUGGAGAUUGUUGCAAUGAAAACCCCCAAGAUGCGUGGACAAGCCUUCAUAAUUUUCAAGGAAAUACAGUCAGCUUCAAAUGCUGUUCGAGCGUUGCAAGGAUUCCCCUUGUUCGAUAAACCCAUGCGUGUUCAAUAUGCCAAACGGGACUCUGAAGAAAUCAAAGCCUUGAUGGGGGCUCAAGCCGAGAAAGUUAAGAAACCUCAGAGGAAAUUGGAUGGGUUGACAGAGGGUGAGCCGAAAGCGAAACAAAAAAGCAAGGGUUCGACUGCUCUAGCGAACAUGGCUAUGAUCCAAGGUACUGGCGAAAUGCCGCCAAAUCACAUUCUGUUCGUUAUGAACUUACCAGAAGAAACAACGGAACAAAUGUUGCAGAUGUUGUUCGCACAAUUUCCUGGCUACAAAGAAGUUCGGUUGGUUCCCGGACGGAAUGAUAUUGCCUUUAUCGAAUACGAAGAUGAUGAGCAAGCUAAUGCCGCCAGGGAAGCAAUGCAGGGAUUCAAGAUCACACCUGUUGCACCAAUGAAGAUAACUUUUGCUAAAAAAUAAGAAAUUUGUGUGAAUAAAUAUGAUCUCUUGUCUAGAAUCUGAUCAGUGAUUGGCCUGUACGGAUUUCAGUGACGAGAAGCUAAUGUAAUCUCGUUUUCUAGUUUCCUGUGAAUCUUUUGUGGC